CAGCCAAUCACAACCACCAAGAAUUCUGGCCUUGUAAACGACCGUUCGUUCAAAUCCUUGUGCUUUUGCGUUGUCCGAGUUCGUUGUGCGUGUUGACGUCUUUGUCCGUUUUUAUUAGCCGUUGUGCCGUCCUCGUGAUUUUAACUUUUUAUCUCUUCGUGUGCACGGGUCACUCACCGAAGCACAGCACGCAAAACAGACCGAAAAUGCCGACACAGAACCGUAUCAGUAACUUCAAGAAUAAGGGCAAAGACCAACAGGAGAUGAGGCGACGGAGGAACGAGGUGAAUGUGGAGCUUCGGAAGCAGCGGAAGGACGACCAGAUCCUCAAGCGCAGGAAUGUCAGCUUCAGCGAAGACCCCGUCAGCCCACUCGCAGAACAGAACAAGCAGGGGGCGGUGAUGUCCCUGGAGGAGAUUGUGCGUGGGCUGACGAGCGGGCAGCCAGAGUGCCAGCUGGAGGCGACUCAGUCCGCCCGCAAGAUCCUGUCCCGGGAACGCCACCCGCCCAUCGACGCCAUGAUCCAGGCCGGCGUGGUGCCGGUUCUGGUGCAUUCCCUCGAACGCGACGACUGCCCCUCGCUGCAGUUUGAGGCUGCCUGGGCCCUGACCAACAUAGCCUCCGGCACGGCCGAGCAGACGGACACGGUGGUGAAGGCCGGAGCUGUGCCCUCCUUCAUCCGGCUCCUCCAGUCGCCCCACUCCAACGUGUGCGAACAGGCCGUGUGGGCGCUGGGCAACAUUGCAGGCGAUGGACCUUCCCUGCGUGACAUGGUGCUGAGCCUGGGAAUCCUCAAGCCCCUCCUUGGUCUCAUCAAGGCCGACGCUCCCGCUGCAUUCUUGCGCAACGUGACGUGGUCCCUGUCCAACCUGUGCCGAAACAAGAACCCUCCGCCCCCGUUCGAGGCAAUCCGAGAGUGCUUGCCAGCCCUUGCGCAGCUGAUACACCACACGGACAAGGAGGUGGUGGCGGACGCCUGCUGGGCCCUGUCGUACCUGACGGACGGCUCCAACGAGCAGAUUGAGGAGGUGGUGCGGGCGGGGGUGGUGCCCCGUCUGGUGGAGCUGCUGGGCCUGGGGCCCGUGGCGGUGCUCACCCCCGCCCUCCGGGCCCUUGGCAACGUCGUGACCGGCAGCGACGCCCAGACCCAGGCCGUCAUAGACGCUGGGGCCCUGCCCCACCUGCGCGCCCUCCUGCGACACUCCAAGGUCAACCUGCAGAAGGAAGCGGCCUGGGCUGUCUCCAACAUCACUGCCGGCAACGAGAACCAGAUCCAGUCGGUGAUAGACGCCGGCCUCAUCGAGCCGGUCAUAGAGGUGCUGGCCACGGGGGACCACAAGAGCCAGAAGGAGGCGGUCUGGGCCAUCACGAACCUGACGUCUGGUGGCUCCCUGGAGCAGAUAGUGUACGCCGUCCAGGCCGGGGUCCUGCCUCCCGUCUGCCAGAUGCUCGCCGUGCCGGAGGCAAAGACCCUCCUCGUGGCCCUGGAUGCCAUCCGCAACAUCCUGGCCGCUGGGGACAAGCUGGGUGAGCGUGAGAAGAUCUGCCUGAUGGUGGAGGAGGUUGGGGGCCUGGACAAGAUUGAGGCCCUCCAGACGCACGAGAACAGCGAGGUCUACAGGGUCUCCCUGGGCAUCAUUGAGGAGUACUUUGGCGACGGCGAGGACGAAGACUAUGGCCUGGUCCCAGAGUCUGCAGGGGACGGCUUCACUUUUUCGGCUCCGGCUCCCGACCAAGGCUUCUCCUUUUGAGCCCGGCCUUGGGGACUCCCCUCGUUUGAAAUGCAUGUUGUGUGUAUGUAUUGCGGAAGAACUGGCACACCAGUCGGAUCCUUGUAAAGUUUGUACAGAUUUGUUUAUAUGCCGCCUUCCCCGUAACUCAAGUGGAAAACAAAAAUAGGAUUGUGUUUGUUCCUUUGCUUGCUCGCUUGUACAUUCUGAAUGGAAGGUGUCCCUGCCCUUCUGGUCCCUUUGUCUCCACUUAUUUUCUAUUUUUGUACUUUUAAAUAAAGGUCUUGAGUGUUUCGGG